AUGAAGGCACAAUACGAAACCCGGAGCUCAAAGAAGAUCAUUGCUGUCAAGGUAUUAGUACCACUUGAAAUAGAGAGCAUCAUCGACAAUCGCUUCAAGAUGGAUGAGGAGAUUGCAACUGUCCUUAAUAAGAAACCUACAGUGCUUUCCAAGGAGCCUCCAAAGGAUCUUGAGAAGAUGACUUUAGGAAGAAUACGAAAGGAUGAUUGGAGUGUGGCAUUUCAACUGCGAGAACAACCUGCUGUGAAUUUUCAUAGAGUUUCUUACAUCCAGGAGGUUAGGAAGAUGGACAAGGAGAUUGCAACUAUCUAUAAUAAGAAUCCUAUAGUGCUUCCCAAGGAGCCUUCGAAGGAUCUUGAUAAAAUGAAUUUGGGAAGAAUAUGA